UUUAAAUGUGUCACUUUGUGCUUAAAGGUCAGUACCCUGUCUAGCCUGCCAGAAGUUUGGGAGGGCAAAGACUGUGGCACUGGAGUUGAAGCCCAUCAAAGCUGUUUCACCACGGCACAUGAUCUCGGUGGACCUCAUCGGACCCUUCACAAAAUCCAAGAAUGGCAACAGCUGGGGUCUGACGGUGAUCGAUCACUUUACCAAGUGGGUGGAGGCAAUACCCAUUAUGGUCAGUAAAGGAAGAGUACGUGCUUAACUCUAAAUUCCCUUCCGUAACCCAUUAAAAAAAGGGUGCUUGGAACCAAAACUCGAUUUUCGUUUUGUAUGAUAAUCAUUAUGGACAAGACUGGCGAGGCUACCUCCAAGGCGACGAUGAUCUUCAACACCCACUGUUCUCCUGAGGUCAUCUUGAGUGACCGAGGUCAUGAACAAGAUAUUGUUUUCCCUACCCCCUACUCGGGGGUUGGUGAAAUGGGCCAAUCAAACCCUCAAGACAGCCAUGGGCAUAUCCCUUAAUUGGAACCAGGAACGGUGGGAGAACAACCUGAAGGUAAAUCUCUUUGCACACAACAGCAGCAUCCAGGCCUCCAUCUUGCACGGACGGGAGCCACAGCUGUUGACUGAGAUACAUACACCCCACCUGAUGUGGGGGAAAUUGUCGAACCAGAUCAGAACACUUCGAGUACUACCUUCAAGGCACGGAAGGAGAAGGAUGUGGCGGUUUUUGACCAGUGAGACUAACCAUCGACAAGGCGCAGGAGAAACAGAAGGAGAGCCACCGGAGCAGAAUCAAGAAGGGGACCAAGUGCUUCGACAUCCAGGCAAAUUAUUUGGUUUGGAAGGACGAAAGGUUACCUCGGUGGAAGCCAACAAUCUUCUCCAGUUGGAGCCGUUGGACGGUCGACCACUGAAAGCCCUGGCACCCUACACUUCGGUGAAGCCCAAAAGACAAAGACCAUCGACUGUCCGAGCCCCCCAGGAGGUAUCCCGUCCACCAGAACCAGUGAGUUCGUAUCAGUCUGAUUCUCUGUGCUCUGAUUCGGAGGGGGACCAGCUUGAGGAGCUAGGGGUUCUACCCAACACCCAGACGUGGAUCCACCUGAUGUCCUUCAUUACCAACCACCCUCCAACUUUUCAUUACAUCCUCUACAGCUACUGUUGUCAUGUCAUUAUUUUCUCGAAAUGUUUUUGCUCUAUCAUACCAAGCACAUAUGUGAGAUACACAGAUGAAUUAAAAACACUAGCACUGCAAACAUUCAGAACAAAGAGAGCAGCAGGUCCUGGACUUAGUCUCCCUCUUCAAGUCCACAUUCUGAGACUGGAUGCCUGUUGAGAACAAGUGACAGGCAGAACCUCUCACCCACACAGCAACCACCUCCUCUAUAUUCCACAAACAAGAAUUCAGUAUUUUAGUCUGUGAUUGUCAUGUGAGUGUACAAAAACAUCUGAAAAUACUGUACCAAAAAAAGAUCAACGCUUUUGUAUUAAAAUCAUAAAUAUUGCCAGGUUGGUUUUCACAG